UUUUGGAGAGUUUUUCACGAGUUAGUAUUUCAAUUGUUAGUAUUUCAAGAGUUUUAUUGUCAGCAGUAUCGUUUUUGUGAAGCAAUAUGAGGCGCACACUUCACGUUGAACAAGCCGUCGACUUGUUAUUCCAAAUGAGCGAUGAAGAAACUUUGGAAAGUUCGUCGUCAGACAAUGAGAGUGGCCAGGAUGACUUCGAGGACCCUGAUUUUGUUGCUGAAAACGUGAGUGACGACGACGACGACGAGCAGCCUGGGCCAUCAACAGCCCCCACCCCCACAACAAGCCGACGGAGGCCAUCACAGAGGGGGCGUGGAAGGAAGGAUCAGGCCAAGACCAGGUCAAGAUCUCCAGCCCAGUCAGCAGCACAGCCAGAACAGAGCUCUGAGCCAUGGAAAACAGAGACUGAUCCUGACACUGCCCCACAAGCCAGUAGGUUCAUGCCCCGCAGACCACCAGGAGCCCAGGUGGAUUUGCAUUCAGGGCACACACCAAAGGACCUCUUCCUGCUCUACUUCGCCGCAGAUACAAUGAGGACAAUCUGCAGAAACACCAACAAACAGGCAGCAAGAAAUCAGCAGAAGGGGAGCAAAUAUCAGUGGACUGACGUUGAUGUGGAGGAACUGCACAGAUUUCUGGGUCUCCUCAUCUACACCUCAUUGGUGACUCUGCCUAGUAUCCAGGACUACUGGAAACAAAGCCACAUAUUGUCUGUUUCAUUGCCAGCGAAGGUCAUGCCAAGAGACAGAUUCCGGUCCAUCUCAUGGAACAUCCACCUAAGUGAUCCAGAGGAGGAUGUCAUAAAUGACCAGCGCAACCAGCAUGACAAACUGUUCAGGGUCAAACCUCUGAUGGACGACAUUCGCACUGCCUGCCAGGCUCAUUACCAUCCUAAGAAGGAACUGUCAGUCGACGAGAGGAUGGUGGCUACAAAAGCCAAAACUGGCAUGACCCAGUACAUGAAGGACAAGCCUAACAAAUGGGGGAUCAAGCUCUUUGUGUUGGCAGAGUCUAACAAUGGCUACACUCUAAACUUCAACGUGUAUGUUGGGAAAGCACACACACCCAGCGUGCAUGGACUUUCAUAUGAUGCUGUUAUGGACCUCAUUCAGCCAUCACAUCUUGGUACAGGAUACCAUAUUUAUAUGGACAAUUUCUACACCAGCCCAAAACUGUUCCUGAGUUUGGGAAGUAUGAAGUUUGGAGCCUGUGGGACCUACAGAAGCAACAGAAAAGGGUGUCCUAGUGGCAGAGAAAAUGCCCUCACCAGCAAAUCGAAGAGGGGGUCUGUGAGAUGGAUCAGAGAGGAUCGCCUGGUCUUUGUGAAGUGGAUGGAUACGCGGGAGGUGUCGGUGUGCUCCACAAUCCACCCAGCGUUUUCGGGCGAGACAAUCAAGAGGAAGGUGAAGGAAGGACCUGGACGCUGGGUAGCAAAAGACAUUCCCUGCCCUACCCCCAUCAUGGCCUACAAUAAGUACAUGGGAGGGGUUGACCUGUCAGACCAGCUUCUCCAUGCGACCCAACAGGUCACACCCAUGACGCACAAGAACUUUGUGGCAGAACUUGUGGCCCAGCUGUGCGGAGUGACCCAGACAGGGGUUCCACUUCAAAAAAGCACCAGCCAUGUUUCUGUGGCCAUUGCCAAUGUUGCAGAGGCCAAAGACAAAGCCACAGCAGGCCGCAGGGUUUGUCAACGCUGUAAACAAGUUGACAAGAAGAGGUUUGUCACACCAUGGAAGUGCAAGGCCUGUGAUGUGGCUCUCUGUGUCAUUGUGGACAGGAACUGUUUUGAAGAGUGGCACAAAUAG